AUGUUGGCGACAUCACUUCCGGAGCAGCUGGAAGGCUGCUUCAAGCGCGCACGAGCACACUUUGGCGUUGUUGCAUGCUGCAUUGCACUGGCCUCGCUGGACUUGAGUGUCCUCCCCCACAUCGAGAGUAUCUGCGACAUGGACAUUGAGCAAUUCCGGCGCACGCUUCGCGUCAAUGUCGAGGGCGCAUUUCUAACAGCUCGAACCUGGCUGCGCCAGAUCAAAGCGCACGCCGUGCCGGGUGUCACCAAGAAUGUGUCGCUGAUCAUUGUUGGCUCGGAAUCGGGCCACUAUGGUGAACGGUCAAAUCCUGAUUAUUCGGCGGGCAAGGCCGCAGUGCAGUAUGGUCUGCUACGCAGUUUGAAGGCCGACGUUCCACGGAUCUUCCCUGAUGCGCGGGUCAAUGCUAUUGCCCCGGGGCCGGUUGAUACAGCGCAGUUCAGGAUUGAGUGUGCGCAGGAUCCCUUGCAGCUCUGGAAGGACUCGCAAGCAACCUCAACCAGCGGCAAGCCUGUGCCACAGGAGGCUGUUGCAAAGGGAAUUUUAUUCCUUGCUAGUGAGGCCUUGAGUGGCAGUAUCAUGGGUCAUGUUUUGGACGUGGAUGGAGGGAAGGUCGGCAAAGUUAUGUGGCUGCAGGACGAAAGGAAAUAA